AUGGGCCUGAACAUCACGAAUAUGCUGCUGCAGAAGACGCGGUGGGUGGCGUCCAAGUUGUCGCUGCGGAGGUGGCAGUUCAAGAAGCGGUCGAGCAUGGAGGCCACACAACUACGGCCAAUUGCGCUGGCCGGUGCCAGUAGAUGCUUUACAGGUUCUUCCACGCAGUGCAAUCAUUUUUCUCGGACGCCUUCAGGUGCGCAGUACGAGCAGGGGAAAUACAGUUCAGGUGGAGGAGACUCCAGUGUCGUGGACAGCAGGUGA